AUGGCCAAUACCAUCGUAUUGUCUGCUGAACAGCAGAUAUCUUUCCGCGCGCACAAUAUCGCCAAAAAUGAACCCAACACUCUUGAACAGUCACGGAGAGCCGUCGAUUCCCAAGACGAUGAGGGCAAAGUCAACGUCACCAUUCCUGACAUGUUUGCGCUCUUUUUGUCAGGAUCACCUAGAGUCAACCCAAACUAUGCGCGCGUGAAGGCCGAGUCGGAGGUUUGGUUUGCUAAAAAAUGCCAACUAGAUGCUCGCUGGAGAAGAAUCCUUGGAAAAACAGAUUUUUCGUAUUUCUGUGCAAUAACGGCGGCGGAUGCGGGGCCACAGGAGUUGAGAACUCUUUGUGACUGGGGGAAUUGGGUAUUUCCUUUUGACGAUUUAUUCGAUAAUGGUUACCUCAAAGAGAACCCAGUGGCCGCGCAGAAAGUGAUUGAUGUCCUUUUGUCCGAUAUGGGAAUACGUCCGGAAAACGACAUAUGUGAACGCGAUAGACUGCCGGCGCGAGAACGGGCUCUCGUGGACGUCCAUCGGACAUUUUUAUGGCCGGCUUUGGGAACUAAUAACUGGUACACAGGAGUUCAGCAGCGCUUCGUUACACGCAUGCACGAUUACUGCAAGGGAAGCAUGGAACAAGUAAAAUGGCGGUCUCAGGGGCGGUUCCCAUCCAUUGAAGAUACACUUUCUACAAGACGAAAAUCGGCAGGUGUUGCGCCGUUAUAUGCGCUGGCCGAGUAUGCAUUGAAAUUGGAUCUGCCAAAUGCAGUGUUUGAGAACGAGAGCAUUCAAGAAAUUGAACGCAUUGGGGUUGACUUUGUCGUCAUUCAAAAUGAUAUUCUCUCUUAUUGUAAAGAGGAGUCGGAAGGGAUUAUACACAACCUGGUCGCAAUAACUCGUUACCAUACGGAGUCUGUCUACAGCCAAUUAGCCGUACCCCACCCCCAGAUGGCAUUUGAUAACGUCGGAAAGCUCCUCAGUGACUUGUAUCGGAGAUGGUAUCUUGCCCUUGCCAGGUUGCCAUCGUGGGGGGAGAGAAUUGAUGCGGGCGUGCAGCAAUAUAUUGGCAGCGUGAGGGCUGUCGUCAUGGCUAACCUGAACUGGAGUUUCCGCUCCGAGAGGUAUUUUGGGCGAGAUGUUGCUGAAGUUAGGAGGACACGGGUGGUGCGGGUGUUAAAAAGAUUGCCUGAAGCUCGAUUCAAUGUUCAAUAA